CAUCAUAUCAUACGCUCUUUUGCCUUGGGCUUGGCCUCAGGCUCAGCUCAGUCACACGGCUCUAGCUCUGGGAUGUUUGACUAAACAAUAUUAGAUUUCGACCAGUUUUAAUUUUCCAUGCUUUGUGUUCAUUGAACAAUACACAUUAGUUUGACAGCCAUGGAUGAAUAUCAAUCAACAGACAACACAGAGAGACACGUCCAUGAUCCUGGAACCGCCAUCAACAAUCAGCCUUUAGCCUCACUCGGGAAGAUUAUUGACAGGGCCUCGUUUAUCUUUUAGGAGGGGCUGGUCUAACGUUAGACCUAUCGGUCAGGGAUAUGCUCUUCUGAGACUUUGUCUGGCUCUGCGGCAUCUCCUCCGUCAAUAAAAAAAAUCAGAAAACGUUGAAAAACUCCUCUGAGCUGAAACAACAGUGGAUUUCAGUCUAGCUGAACGUUGGCCUGGCGUGGCCCAGCCUGGUUGGACAGAGUUAUUUCUGAUUACCCAGUCCUACUCCUGAGUCCUAGUCCCGUGGUUUUCAUAUGUAGAUAUGAAUACGAUUGAUGAAUUUCCUGUUAUAUCACAUUCACAAAUUCUAUAAAAUGAUUGAAUCUGAAUUUUGUGCCCUACUGGUUUCUAUCAACAAACUUCUUUCGAGGGAACAAGUGCAACAACUUGCCUUCAUUACAAUGGGAGAUGUCAAGAAUCGGCGACUUUCUGAAGAGUGUGAAAGAUCAGGAAAUGCUCUCCAGCUCUUCCAGGCAAUGAAGGAUAGGGAUCUGUACACCCACACUGAACCAUCUUUACUUCUACAUCAUCUAAAUGUCAUUGACAGGCACGAUGCUGCAAUGAUGUUGGAGAAACAAAUGGGUGUUCAUUCUCAAAACAUCAAUCAACACAUGCUAUCUUCCAGUUACCAAGCUUCUGGAACAAGGAAUGGUGCCAGGGAAACUGUUGAGAGAGCAUCUACUUCAAGCCAUUCAGCAAGUUCUUUUGGGAACCUUGGCCAACAGGCAAUGUCACCCUUGAUGAAUACGUCUCCAGCGUGCGUUGAUGGGGUAAAUGGUGUCUUCAAAGAUGGUUCAUCUGCCUGCAAUCCUGAUCAUAAACCACCCACUUUGAAUCAAGGAGGUCAAACUGGCAGUAGAAAGCUUGAACCUGAGGCAUCUCUUUAUGGAGAUGCAACCUCCCCCAGGAACCUUCAAUCCAUUCCUGACAGGCCAGGCUCCAGCAGAGACAUCAGUUCUGCAGCAAUUAAAGUUAACUCUGAGCCUUCUCAAGAUGGGAGAAUCUCAUCAGCAACUGGCUCUUCCUGCAACGGGUCAGAGAUGAUGCAUAUAGGUACUCUGGUAUCUGAGGAAAACUGUCAAGGCAAUCCUGGACAACAUCCUGGAAGGGGCACUGCUGGCCCAACAGUAAAUGGGUUUAUCCCUACAGCACCAGACAGGACUAUGGCAGCAGGAACAUCUCAAGUGCAUCCUCCAGAAGUUCCACCAAGGCCUCCUCGUGGAAUCCCUAUGAAUGGAGCAUUUCAACCCCCAAUCCAAGAGUCGCAGGAGAAUGUUCCGAGUGCACACCCCCAGCAGACUUUUAUUUCUAGUAGACAAGGUGCAGAUCAUGUGAACCCCAUGACUGUGCAGCAGCAAUUUCCAGGAGGAGGACAUCACAUUAUAAGACAAGGAUAUGAAAGAAUGUACGUGCCCAGAAUUGAGGUGGAGCAGCUUCAGGGGAGACCACCUCCAGUACCAGAACGUCCAGUACGAAGGCUGGAGGAAGCUGAAUAUGAAGUUGAGGAAUUAGAAUUAUGUCACCUUUCAAGACGCUUCAACGCUGGAGAUGUUAAUCUCCUUGGACACGAACUGGGCUUUGACUCUGGGAAAAUCUCCCAGCUGACAUAUGAUAAUCCUCAUGAUAUAUCGGCAGUGUUUUACCGUCUUAUGGUGGAGUGGCAGAGUGCGCAGCACAGCGAUUCGAACACGAGGGGGAAUCUUGUGGAUCACUUACGCCAAAUAAACUGCAUGGGACUAGCAGAUGACCUCAAGCAAGGGCGAUUUAAGCGAAGGUAGAUGUAUGAUUUAGUGUCUUCAAUUUCAUUGGAGUGACCAAUGGUGGGGCAGUUUGAACACGACAUGAUAGAGGCCUUGAAACGAUUUCCAAAGAGGAGAUG